AUGCCAUCCAAAACCUCAUCUCAUCCCCGCCGUCGUCAGGGCAGUCCCUCAACCACUGCUGCCCUGAUCGACUCCCUUGCUGGCCUGUCCAUUCAAAAAGGAACCACCUUCCACUCUCCAUCCUCAAACAAGUCAGAACUCUUCAACCCUCUUGACGCUGUCGCUCGGUCCAUGACAACCCGCUCCGUCACAAGCCCCAAAGCCCUCGAAGAUUUGCUCAUCGGUGCUGGCGAACGUAGAGCUGCAGACCUCCUUGCCAAAGUCGAUCAAGUCAUCGCUGACAACAACUCUGCUGCUGCUCUUGGAAAGCUCCUCUCCGAGCCUGAAGCCUUGCCCCACCCUCGCUGUGUUCUCGACAACUCUGGUCUUGAAGGCAUCGCCGAAGAACGUCGUGAUAGUCCCAACAAUGCUUAUGACAGUGGUCUGGGUUCUAGCAUUGCCGAUUCUGACGAAUUCGACACCAAGAAGACCAAGGCUUCGACCAAAGGCUCCGCAUUGAAGAGGUCUCCCUCUUCAGCCUCAAGCUCGUACGCUGACGAACACCUCAGCGAGUUCGCAUGCGAGCAGAUCCACAACUACAUCGUCAAGCCUAUUCUCAAGCAACAGGCUCUCAAGGACUUCCAUCCCCUUGUUAGAGGUGUUCCUCGACGCAUCGCUUCUCGCCAAAUUACCACCCUACGUGAUCUCGAGAAGAUUUUAGUCUUCUUGGCUCCUGAUUACUCUCGUACUCCUUCUGAUUAUCUCAACUUUUGCGAAACCUACAUCGACUGUCUUCACGCUACUGUCGACAUCGUCCACGAAUCAGACCACUGCUCACCCUCAGAUCGUCCCUACACAAGCAACUACUUCAUCGACUUGGUCGGUCAAAUCCGCAGAUACGCACAGAUCGUGGCAUCAACUCGCGCAAAGACUGAACGUGGAGAAGCACUCGACGAAAUGGAUGUUACUCCUAAUGAACGCCUGCAACUGCGGGGCGGCCACCUCCGAGGAGGAGCCGACAGUGUGACUCACAACACUCCCCUCCAACUCGUCCGCCACAAAGAUGGCAAAGACAUUUCUCUGCUCGAUGGCUCCGUCCUUUCUUCUGGUGCAGACCACUCCAUGUCUUCAUCGAAGCGUCCCAUCAUGGCCGAUUCUUUGAAUGAUGACGUGGAGAGGUCCAUGGCACGUCGUAGAAAGGGCGAGCCUAUCAAGACGUACGACUGUGGCUUUGACGGAUGCGACAAGAUCUUCCGCCGUCCUUGCGACCGUACGAAACACAUGAAGAGUCACGAGCGUCCUUGGAAGUGUCCUCACACUGACUGCAAGUAUCACGAGGAGGGCUGGCCCACCGAGAAAGAGUGUGAACGCCACGUCAACGACAAGCACGCCGAGUCUCCCAUCAUGUAUGCCUGCUACUGGUCAACCGUAAACAACUGUCCCUACCAGUCAAAGCGACUCAGUAACUGCAAGUCGCACAUGGAGAAAGCCCAUGGCUGGGUAUACAUUCGUUCAAAGACCACUGUCAAAAACGGCAAGACCAAGGUGAAGCCUGAUCAAAAGGAGCCUGUACAGCAACCUAUCAAGUUGAUUGGAGGUGUCGCUGCAAGUGCAUCAACUCCAUCGACUUCAUCGGCCUCUGCGUCUACAUCCACAACCCCAUACAUGCAGACGGAGCAGUACCCUCCAGUGAGUGACCUGUCUACCACCUUGACUUCUCCUCAAGAGUUCUCGGUGCCCUCUAUGGCCCAAGGUAUCAUGACUCCCUUCGAGAGCCCCGAGUUCAACAUGGCUAUGGACUUUCAACCGGAGUUUGUUGAUCACUUCAACUUUGACUGGGCUAGUGCCUUUACUCCAGCCGUCAACAAUCCCAUGUACACUCCAUCUCUUGUUGAUGAUCGUCGUCUGUCGCAUGAUUCGUCGGCUGUCAGCACUGCACCCAACUCAACGCUGCUCCAAGGUGAGACAUCCUUCGAUGACGCAUUCAACCCUCCCACGCCUGAGGACAGUCCCCACUUCGUCGCCAACAGCGGUUUCAAGAUGGAGCAAAACUUCCAGGCAGGUCCAAGCAACUACAUCAGUGACCAGAGCAUGUUGUUCUCGCCACCCCAGUUCCUGGUCAAUGGUUCCGACCCUAUGCUCACUGCUCCCCAACCUCUGACCAACCAAGGAUUUGGUGGUGAUGCUUCUAUGGACAUGACCAUGGCUGAUGACGACUUCGACAUGUCCAAGUAUCUGCCUUCCGACUACAACAACACCGACUCUCUGUUCCCCUCAAACAACGACUAUGGUCUCGGAGCUCAGUUCGACGAGCAAUCGUUGUUCCCCUCGGACAGCAAUAACAACACAAUCAAGCCAAAGGAGAACCCCUACGCGAAGUUCUUCCCUGAGCUCCAGUAA